GGCGCUGGGAUUGGACUGCCCGCUCGCCCGCAUGGCCUUCCCGCGGUUCUCCACCAAGACUGAGGCAUCCAUUGCAGUGAUCUGCAUCUUGCCCUUCCUCCUUGCUAGUUCUUGGUAACAAACCCCUCUAAUGCAGCAAUCUACAGAUGAAAAAGACCAAGGGGCUCUGAUCAGGACCUAUAGAGCCUUGCAUAACUUCUAAGUUGUGAAGGAAGAUAUUGGGAGGACCACCAAAGACUGCUGGGAUAGUCCCGAUGUCCCUGCGCUGUCUACCUGCAGCAAUGCAGAUCUCUUCCGCAGAAUAAAUGCCAUGUUGGAUAAUUCUUUGGACUUCAGUGGAGUCUGUACCACACCCAUCACAAAAGGAAAACGUGACCUCUUGUCAGACUUCCCGGACUCUGAAGAAGCAGUGGCAAGCAGGAUGCUUUUCCCCACCUCUACUCAAGAGUCUUCCCGUGGCCUCCCAGACACGAACGACCUGUGCCUUGGCCUGCAGUCUCUCAACCUGACGGGGUGGGACAGACCAUGGAGCACCCAGGACUCUGAUACUGCAGCACAGACCAGCACACAGUCUGUUCUCAGCAUGCUUAGUAACCCUCUGGGAAAUGUUCUGGGGAAGCCCCCGCUCAGCUUCCUGCCUUUGGAUCCAAUUGGUUCUGACCUGACGGAGAAGUUUCCCACACAGACCCCAAGGAGUUCCCGCGUGGACAGUCGCUCUCUCCUAGAUUCACGCUCCAGCAGCCCCUCUGACUCUGAUACCAGUGGAUUCAGCUCGGGGUCUGACCAUCUCUCAGACCUAAUUUCGAGCCUCCGGAUCUCCCCGCCCCUGCCCUUUCUACCCCUCAGCGGUGUGUCAAGGGACCCCUUAAAGAUGGGUAUUGGAUCACGACUGGAUCAAGAUCAAGCUGCAUUGGCUGCAGUAACUUCCUCCCCAGCCAGUGCAUCCAAGAGAUGGCCUGGGGCAUCUGUGUGGCCUUCCUGGGAUCUGCUGGAUUCACCAGAGGACCCAUUCAGUAUUGAAAGGGAAGCCAGGCUUCAUAGGCAAGCAGCAGCUGUGAAUGAGGCUACGUGUACCUGGAGUGGGCAGCUCCCUCCCCGGAACUACAAGAACCCAAUCUACUCCUGCAAAGUGUUUUUAGGAGGAGUCCCAUGGGAUAUUACAGAAGCGGGACUGAUCAACACCUUCCGUGUGUUUGGCUCACUAAGUGUGGAGUGGCCUGGUAAGGAUGGCAAACACCCCCGCUGCCCUCCCAAAGGUAAUAUGCCUAAAGGUUAUGUGUAUCUGGUGUUUGAGUUGGAGAAGUCUGUGCGUGCUCUGCUUCAGGCUUGCUCUCAAGACCUGCUGAGUCCUGAUGGCCUUAGUGAAUACUACUUCAAGAUGUCUAGUCGCAGGAUGCGCUGCAAGGAGGUGCAGGUGAUCCCAUGGGUCCUGGCAGACAGCAACUUUGUGCGAAGCCCAUCACAGCGGCUUGAUCCCGGGAAGACUGUCUUUGUGGGGGCUCUGCAUGGAAUGCUGAAUGCAGAGGCCCUGGCAGCAAUCAUGAAUGACCUGUUUGGAGGGGUGGUCUAUGCUGGCAUUGAUACGGACAAGCACAAGUAUCCAAUUGGAUCUGGCCGUGUUACCUUUAACAACCAGCGCAGUUACUUGAAGGCAGUGAGUGCUGCAUUCGUGGAGAUCAAAACCACCAAGUUUACGAAGAAGGUUCAGAUUGAUCCAUACCUGGAAGAUUCCAUGUGUCAAGUGUGUAGUUCUCAGCCGGGGCCUUUCUUCUGCAGAGACCAGGUCUGCUUCAAGUACUUCUGUCGUUCCUGCUGGCACUGGCAACAUUCCAUGGAGGUCCUGCGUCACCACCGCCCGCUGAUGCGCAACCAGAAGAACAGAGACUCCAGCUAGAGAGGCGGCCGAUGUGCUGGGAGCUGCCGCAGUUGCAGGAGAAAGUUCUUUUGUUAACCUGCCAAGUGGAGAGAGCGCGAGCGUGCCUGCCAGUGCCAGACCCAGAGUGGGAACGCGCUUCCUGAGGACUAAUGGGGAAAUCUUACAUUCACGUUUGCACUUGCUGGUCUUUUCGUUUCUGCACUAAUGCACAGUGAAUUUUGUCGGGUUUUGUUUGGGGUUUUUUUGAGGGGGGAGGGCCCCUCAAACGAUUCUGCAGUUCCCAGACUUUGGUACCUAGUUUGCUGACGAGAAGCAAAAAGGGCCAUGUGUUGAGAAGGUGUUUAUGCAGACACCUUCACCUAGGUUUUUUUAUUUAUUAAAGGCGCUUUUUUACAUUCCUUGCAAUACUGAUGGUAAUAAUACAGGUCUCAUUGGCUCCAUUUUUUUGCAGUUGCCAUACAGUGCCUUUCCAUUCAUUUAACCCCCAUCUGAACGGCAUAAACUGAAUGUUCAGCUGGCGUUUUUUACUGUAACAACAAGGAGACUUUGCUCUUCAUUUAAACCAAAUCAUAUUUCAUAUUUUACGCUCGAGGGUUUUUACCAGUUCCUUUUUACACUCUUAAAACAGUUUUUAAGUAGUUUGAAACGAGAGAUUUUUCUUUCCUGGCAGCUUCUAACAUUAUUGCAAUUUGUGUCUGGGGGCUGCUGGUUAGAAGAAAUGUUCCACAGUUGUAAAUCCAGGGGUUUGCAACAAGAAAAAGGACAGGAUUUUUUGGAUUUGAAACUGGACCGGAUAAACUAUCUCUGAGCUGCUGUAUAUAGUUUUAAAUAGUUUGUUGCACUUUUUUAAGUUGCACUUACGGGGGGUUGAUAGAGGUUUUUAAUCACAAAGUCACAGGACUUAAUUUUUCUUCUUGUAACUAGCUAAAAAAGGGCUGCGUUUUGGUGGGCAGACGAAGGUUCAUAUGAGCCCUUUCUCUUAGAGGGGACGAGUACCUUUUUUCCCUUUUUUUCUUUUUUUUUUUGGUUUUUGUUUUAAAUAUAUAAAGCAACAGUGCAGUCAACUGAAAUGCUGCUGGGAUUUGAGAUUUUUUUUUUUUUUAACUUUUCCCCUCUAUUGGAAGCUGUGUGCCAAAGAACCAGUGUCAUAAUUUUUUUUCCCUUUUCCUGCUGAGCUGAUGUUGCAUUGUUGCAUAUCCCAGCUGCUCUUUGUGGGUUUUUUUGUGAAGCUGUGUGUGAAGUCUCUACCUCAUUGUAGUAUAUGCAGGCAAGACUGCACUCUCCUACUGAUGCGUGGAGUAAGCUGUGGUGUAGUUUUUGGCACAUAAUAAACACGUUGCAGCAGUU